CUGGGUGGUGGAGAUCAGCUGCUGGUGCUGCCUCCCGACCAGCUGCCUCUCAGCAAAAAUGAGCGCCUGGCCCUCCCCUCUGCUUUGGAGCUUAACCACCGUGUGUCUGACAGGUAUUGCUUUAGGCCAGACAACCAUCACCCCAGUCCCCAUUGCAUCAACCCCAGCACCUCCCACUGCAGCCAUCACCCAGGUCCCCAUUGCAUCAACCCCAGCACCUCCCACUGCAGCCAUCACCCAGGUCCCCAUUGCAUCAACCCCAGCACCUCCCACUGCAGCCAUCACCCAGGUCCCCAUUGCAUCAACCCCAGCACCUCCCACUGCAGCCAUCACCCAGAUCCCCAUUGCAUCAACUCCAGCACCUCCCAGUGCAGCCAGUACUGUGGCCUCUGCUCCCCCAGCUGCCACUGCCACACUCUCAGCUGGAGUGGCAUCAAGCACCCCAAAGCUUGCUGUGUCCACAGCAUCACCAUCUGCUGCUCCAAGCACACAAAAACCUGCUCCGACUCUGCCCGUCACCACGGGUGUGACCAUCCUCAUCUCUGGCAGCACAACCAUCUCUCAAGCAUCUGCAGGACCAUCCACCAGCACCCCAGUGUCCCCUCCAGGCAUGACCACAUCUGCUGGGAUCCCAUCAGCAUCUCCAUUCCUCACCACUGCUGAGGCCUGGAACUGCAGCAGGGUGAACUUGACAGCCUGUGCCAGCUGCUCCCCAGGGACGGUUCCCACUGAAGGCACCUUGAGCUGCUCCUGCUGUGGAGAGGGCUCAUGCACAGAACCAACUGCCUGUGCCUCCUGCCCCCUGGGCCACUACCAGCCCCAGAGUGGGCAACCAUCGUGCCUGCCGUGUCCACAGGGACGUUACAGCAACUUCACGAGGAGCACCCUGUGCCUUCCCUGCCCACCUGGCUAUUACACUAAUGAGUCUGGAGCUACAGCCUGCAGAGCAUGUCAGAGAGGCUAUUUUAGCUCCCAGCAGGAUGCAGUGUUUUGUCUGCCUUGUCUGCCUGGAUCGUUCUGCAACACCACCAGCUGCACCGUGUGUCAGCCGUGCCCAGGAGGGCAGGAGGCUCUGCAGGAGGCAUCGGAGGAGUGCUCACCCUGCCUGCCAGGUAUGUUCAAAGGUCCCAGUGACAGCAAAUGCCAGCUCUGCAGGACAGGAGAGUACCAGUUACAGCGGGGCAAGGAGAGCUGUGACUUGUGCCCAGAGAAUCACUACUGCCCUAGCCCAGAUGUGACCCCCGUGAGGUGCCCUCCUGAUGCCUUCUGCCCUGCAGGCAGCGUGGCGCCGGCGUACUGCAUGGAGCUCUUUCUGUACAAGGCAGGGGACUCUUGCCAGCUGACUCCCCUGGUGCUCAUUCUCCUGGCUGUCUUCUCAGCAGGUGGAGUCCUUGCUGCCUUUCUGGCAAUUCUGAGAAGACGACAAGGCUACAGCAAGGAAUCGUUCAAGUCUCUCCUGCUGCCCAGAGGUUCAGGACAACACCCAGGAUAUGGUGGGACAGAGCACACAGAACCAGUCUAUGCUGGCUGGUAGCACUGGGCACACCACCACUUCUCUCUCCUCCGGGGCCAUGCAGAGCUGGGCGUGCGGGCAAGGUGUUGAGCCAUGAGCGCUCUGUUUGGCAUUGCUGGAGCUGAGUGCUGAGAAACAAAAGUCGAGGGUUUGGGUUGGAAGGGACCUUCAAGAUCAUCUAGUUCCAACCCCCUGCCAUGGACAGGGACACCUCCUAAAGUGAGUGAUGGCUUCCAUCUGGAAGAAGCUGGACUGAAAUGAGAUUUGAGGAAGAAAUUCUUCCCCAUGAGAGUGGUGAGGCACUGGGACAGGUUGCCCAGAGAAGCAGUGGAGGGUCCAAGCCUGGCAGUAUUUUCAAGGCCAGGUUGGAUGAGGCCUUGGCAGGGAGUUGGCACUAGAAGGUCACUUCUAACCCAAGACCUUCUGUGAUUCUAAUCUGGAGCAGCAGCAACAGGGACAGUACCUCUCUAGCCCCUGAAAUCCACUGCAUAAGCAGAGCUCCCCUCCUAAGUGUCUCUCACACUGCUGGGUUAGCAAACAGACCAGCACCAAAAAAUGGCAUUUCACAGGAGCUGAUGCUCCUAAAGCUCUUUUCCAACCAAACCAAAUCUUUCCCCUUUUCUGUUAAAGAAGAAAAGAAAAAAUGGGUGCAAAAAAAAAACAACCCCAAACCAAUAAAGAAUGAGCAGGUUCUUAAAUAA